AUGAUGCCCAACACAUCUUGGAGCCAGGCCGCUGGCAUACCACAUGCAUAUGCAUCGUAUUCCUCUGCACCGAAUGCCACCCCAGCCUACACCUCUGUCUCUGUUCGGCAAUCUUUCGGGCCUGUAGCUCCAGCCCAGCACUCGUAUUCCCCAUCACAAGGAACCUCUUACUCGUCGCACUCAGGAGCCACAUCGACGACUACCGAGACAGCCGCUCAACCGGCUGAGCAAUCGAAAAAGAUUGACUGGCCCCUUUCCGUUCGACAAUAUGUUGCUAGAUCUUUCCUGCCUGACAAUAUGGACCAUACCGUUGACCGUGCCGAGAUGGAGGCCAAGUUGAAAGAGACGAUCUCGAAUGCUCACCAAACCGGUGUUAUGUACACAACGGAUUGGGAUAAAUACCCCCUCCCCCAGGAGCUGAUCAAGCAAGAGCGCCUGGCUUCGUUAAUGUCCACGACGGUAGCUCUCCCCAACACGACAUGGAAUGUUGCAACCCCUGCCCAGAAGAAGAGGAAGUCCAGCGACAUGUCCUCGGAUGGCCUGCCUGGCGCUACGGCGCCGUGGCAGUCAGCCAAGAGCAAUCCGCUUGAGAGUCGCGUUUCGUAUCAAUCACCCGACAAGCGUCCUGCCCCCGGAGCAUCGUCAAACAAGGCUGCUAUGAGUAAGUUCCAAAAGCAGCUGGAAAAGCGUCAACGCCGAUUCGAUGGAGGCUACAAGUCAACGUACCGUUCUCCCAGCCCUCCUCCUUCAGAUGGGCCUAUUGUCGGCACAUGCCAGACGCUUGAAAAGCGUUACCUCCGUCUGACCGGGCCACCCGUUAUUUCCCAAGUGCGGCCCGAGCCGAUCCUUCAUCAAACUCUUGAUCUGCUGAAGAAGAAGUGGAGGAAGGAGUCCAACUACUCAUAUAUUUGCGAUCAGUUCAAAUCCUUACGCCAGGACCUUACAGUGCAACACAUCAAGAACGAGUUCACCGUUUCCGUAUACGAGAUCCACGCGCGCAUUGCUUUGGAAAAAGGGGAUUUGGGUGAGUAUAAUCAGUGUCAGACUCAACUGCGUGCUUUGUACCAGCUGGGUCUGAAAGGCAAUCCCCUCGAGUUCAAAGCCUAUCGUAUUUUGUAUUUUAUUCAUACUGCCAAUCGUUCAGCCUUGAACGACGCUUUGGCAGAUCUAACCCCAGCAGAAAAAGAGGAGAGGCCUCUGAAACAUGCCCUCAAUGUACGCUCAGCCUUGGCCUUGGGCAACUACCAUCGAUUCUUCCAGCUGUAUCUGGACACGCCAAAUAUGGGUGCCUACCUGAUGGAUAUGUUUGUUGGCCGUGAGCGUCUUGCAGCCCUGUGUAACAUCUGCAGAGCGUAUAAACCUGACGUGAAUCUUCGAUUCGUCACUGAAGAACUUGGUUUCGAAUCCGACGCGGAGGCAGUGCAAUUCAUUAUUGAUCAUAAUGGCCAAGAUCUACUCGAAGAGCGGCCUGAUUACAUCGCCUUUGCUACCGGCAAGGCUGGUCAGCGUUUCGAAGCCUUGAAGGCAGAGGCUUUCCGUAGAGUCGACAUCAAAGGCCAAAUAUGA